UCCGCACCGCUGCCGGUCGGCAGUCGGCCUUCCGCUCCGCUCAGUGCGCAAUGUGUCACUCUCGCAGCUCCCUCCCCACCAUGACCGUCCUGCGGGCCCCGACCCCGGUCUCCUCCGCCAGCCCCGGACCCCGGCGGGGCUCUGGUCCCGAGAUCUUCACCUUCGACCCUCUCCCAGAGCCCGCGGUGGCCCCUGCCGCGCGCCCCAGCGCCUCCCGCGGGCAUCGGAAGCGCAGCCGUAGGGUCCUCUACCCACGAAUGGUCCGGCGCCAGCUGCCAGUCGAGGAUCCGAACCCUGCCAAAAGGCUCCUUUUUCUCCUGCUCACCGUCAUCUUCUGCCAGAUCCUGAUGGCUGAAGAGGGCGUGCCGGCACCGCUGGCCUCGGAGGACCCCCACAGCGGCGCAGCCCCCGCGCCCACCCCGGCGCCCCCGGUCCUCGAGCCCCUUAAUCUGACCUCUGAGCCCUCGGACUACGCUCUGGACCUUAGCACUUUCCUACAACAACACCCGGCCGCCUUCUAACCGGGACUCCCCACAUCCCCCCACUCGAAAGAAUCCGAAAAACCAAAGAAACACCAGGUGUACCUGGUGCGCGAGAGCGUAUCCCAAACUGGGACUUCCGAGGCAACUUAAACUCAAAACACUGCAGCGGAGACGCCAGCCCAAGCCUGGGAUGAAACGAGCACCUACACUCCCGGGCUAGGCCGCGUGGGGAAGAGCGUCAUUAAUUUAUUUCUUACUGAUCCUAAUUAAUAUUUAUAUGUAUUUAUGUAUGUCCCCCUAGGUGAUGGAGGGGUGUAUGUAAUAUUUAUUUUAACUUAUGCAGGGGUGUGAGAUGUGCCUCCCUGCUGAAAAUGCACAACUCUUGGUAUUUGUUGAGCUUUGUGGGAAAGGUGGAGGCUGGGCGCUUUGGUUCUCCUUCAGAACGAACGGAAAGGUCCUGGAUCUGGGAGAGCGUCCGGGCUGAGUCAAGGAUGGUGGUGGGUCGUAGUUUAGGGGCUGGUAUUCCGUCCUCCAGGAUUUCAACUCCUUGGAUCUACUGCGUGAGGCUUUGGCGGACCAUUGGGGAUAAGGUCCUUGGCCUUCGAUCUUCUCGAAGUUGCCCCGAAGGGGUGGCUAGGGUGUCGAAGGUCGGUGGGCUGUCAGCGGGCGGCUGUGGGGUCGCCCGGUAUGUUCUGUGAACACAAAUAAAGUCGAUUUAUUGUCAGUCAUCUGAGUGUACGAAUCUUUGCUAGCGGCGAUUCCCCACCCCUCCCCGCCUUCCGGCGCCAAGGGCAGGCGGGCGGAGCUGGGGCCACGUCCCCAGCAGGCGCUCCGCCCCAGGUGACCGGAUGCAGUCUUUCGUUGCCCAGUG